AUGGCAACAACAGUAGCGCUGACGCCGCCGCCACCGGUGUAUAUCGCGAUGACGACCAGCGCAAGGAACUCACUCAUAGCUAUAUGUUUUCUUUGGGCAAUUUUUGCGGCAGUAGUAUUUGCUCGACUUUGGGGACGAUAUCGUGGAAUUGGCAUUGGCGGAGAUGACAUCUUGGCUUUGACUGCUUGCCUUCUAUCAGGUAGCACGAUAGGCAUGGAUGCAGCAGUGUUCACGUCUGGUGUCGGAUACAAUUUUGACCCGACCUCUGAGGUGUACCCAAAACUGCUCAACAAUAUGCAGUUCAUCUUGAAGGCGACUUUUGCCUUCACUCUCAUCUACCUUUGGGCGUUGGCGUCCUUGAAGCUCAGUCAGCUUUGGUUCUACUACAGAGCGUUUUCGCUUCAACUCAAGUGGUGGAUUUUCCUCAUUGGUGGUGUCGUCAUUGUAUGGGCCCUGGUCUUCACCUUCAUUUUUAUCUUCCUUUGUGAUCCAAUUUCCCAGCAAUGGACAGUGGAACGGAUCGGCCACUGCAUGGAUCAGAUUUUGGUGCUCAAGUGCAUCAUCAUGACGAACGUCGUCACUGAUCUGUUCAUUGUCAUCCUACCCAUCUGGACCGUCUGGAAGUUGCAAAUGCGGAAAACCGAGAAGCUGGCUGUAAUUGCCUGUUUCGCCCUUGGCUUGGCAUGCUGCGUGAUUGGCAUUGUUCGCUUCUGGCAGAUAUUUGUUAUCGAUCUCAUCGGCAAUCUCACGGGCACUUCGUUGACGACAUUCAUGCUCUGCACAGUCGAGCUCAUGCUUGCGGGUCUUUGCAUCAAUAUCCCAAUGCUUCGACCGUUCUAUCUCAGAUGGAGAGCCAAGUACAAGUCUUCCUCGCUGGAAAACUCCAAUAGCCAAAGCGCGUUCAAUAAGGGAUCGCGAAGUGGGCAGCUCAAGGUGCAACCCAAACCUGGCCAGUAUACGGCAUGGAUAGAACUAAACGAUAAGGAGAAUGAGACGGGGAGCAACGAUGACGGCGGUUCCGAACGAAAACUUACCAGAGAACAAACCAACGCUGCAAUUCAUAUACAAACCAACUGGAAUGUCACUAGGGAGUGA